GAUGACGUAUAGGGCCGACGUGUCAGGAAAUCUUUAAUUCAACAUGGCGGCGCAGCAGGCUGAUGUUGAUGAGCUUUUUGAUGUGAAAAAUGCCUAUUAUAUCGGCAGUUAUCAGCAGUGCAUCAAUGAGGCCCAAAAAGUUAAGCCUUCAACACCUGAGAAAGAGGUGGAAAGAGAUAUGUUUUUGUACAGAGCCUACAUUGCUCAGAGAAAGUAUGCAGUAGUCCUGGAUGACAUUAAAGCCAACUCUCCCCCAGAACUCCAAGCUGUUCGGAUGUUUGCUGAGUAUUUGUCCUGUGGAAAUAAAAGGGAUGUAAUUGUUGCUGAUUUGGAUAAAAUGAUGGCAAAGAGCGUGGAUGCAGCCAACACAACCUUCCUCCUUAUGGCUGCCUCCAUUUACUACCAUGAGAUGAAUACAGAUGCUGCUCUAAGGACUUUACAUCAGGGAGAGAGUCUGGAAUGCAUGGCCAUGAGCAUUCAGGUUCUGCUCAGUCUUGAUCGUGUUGACCUAGCAAGGAAAGAGUUGAAGAAGAUGCAAGAACAGGAUGAAGAUGCUACUUUAACUCAGUUAGCCACAGCAUGGGUCAACAUUGCUGUGGGGGGAGAGAAGCUGCAGGAUGCUUACUACAUUUUUCAGGAAAUGUCUGAUAAAUAUUCCUCUACACUUCUCCUUCUGAAUGGGCAGGCCGCUUGUUACAUGGCCCAAAACAAAUGGGAGGAGGCUGAGGGAGUCCUACAAGAGGCUCUUGACAAGGAUAGCAGCCAUCCUGAAACAUUGAUCAACCUUAUAGUGCUGACUCAACACCUGGGCAAAGCACCUGAGGUAACGAACCGGUAUCUAUCACAACUCAAAGAUGCACACAGAAGCCAUCCAUUCCUGAAAGACUAUCUGGCUAAGGAGAAUGAAUUUGACAGACUAACGUUGCAGUACGUUCCGACUGCUACAGCGUGAAACGUUUGCUCCUGAUAAUACAAUGUGUUCAAUUU